AUGUUCGCCCUUACCAAACUCGUCGUUGCCAUCUCUGCGCUUACUGGGGCACUUGCCGCCCCUACAGCCGAGGCGUCCCCCGAUAGUCCUGAUUUCCAGCUUGGCGGCGACAGCCUCGCCCGUCGUCAGAACUACAACCAGGACUACGUAACUAGCGGGUCUGUCAACUACUCUCCGGCGAGCAACGGAUAUUCCGUUUCUUUCUCCGGCGCUGGGGACUUUGUGGUCGGCAAGGGCUGGACCACCGGCACAAACAGAAACAUCACCUUCAGCGGCUCCACCAGCGCUUCCGGCGGCACCGUCCUGGUCUCAGUCUAUGGCUGGACGACAAACCCUCUGAUCGAGUACUACGUCCAGGAGUACACUUCCAACGGCGCGGGCUCUGCCCAAGGCACCAAGGUCGGCAGCGUGACUUGCGACGGCUCCACCUACGAUAUCUGGAAGCACCAGCAGGUCAACCAGCCGUCCAUCUCCGGUACGGCCACCUUCUGGCAAUACAUCUCGAACCGCCAGAGCGCGCGAUCCGGCAGCGGUACCGUCACGACAAAGUGCCACUUUGAUGCCUGGGCGAAGCUGGGUCUGAACCUGGGCACUAUGAACUACCAGGUCCUUGCGACCGAGGGUUGGGGAAGUGCUUCCGGCAGCUCCAAGUACACCAUCACUGGUUAG